GGAUGUUCUUGACAAGGAUUCUGGGGAGAUGAAAGGCCGAGAGAGAAGAACGGGCAAAGUCAUUCCUGUUCUACAAACCAAAACCAGGACUAAUGUUUCAACACUUUCACAGUCAGAUCUAGAACAUCAGAAGCGAAUUUAUCUCAGGCGUGUCUUUGAUCAUAUAGAAGAGCCCGGGGACUUUAACCAAGGUCCCUCAGGGGAGCUCUAUACUUUGAUGGAUCGGCAGCAUCCUUCGGAUCUCACCAUGCGAAAUUACGCUCGGUUUCGACAGAAACCUCUGCAAAGAUACAGCCUUACUCAGUGGGUGGAGAGGAACAAGCGCAGCCACCAUCGGUUCCAGCGCCUUCCAGAUUUCUCAUACAGUCCCUUUGUUUCAUCCCAUCAGCAGUGA